AUGUCAGACAACGAAAGCCAUGAAGAAAAAUUUAUUGAAUCUGAGGCACAAGUAUUCGACUUUAAGUUGGGGAAUUCACUUGAACAAAGCCAUUCAAGUAGAAAUUCCUAUUUUCGCUUUGAGUUUGACGAAGAACAUCAUGAUAUAAAUUUUUCAAAACCUGCAAAUAUUAGAGAUAUUAAUGAAAAAACUGUGCAAAUUUCUUUUGGUGGAUCUUUGGAAAACGAAGCAUAUUUAUUGUCUGGACAAAGAUUUGAAGAUAACAAUUAUGAGAUAGAUGAUGAAAAUGCAGAAAGAGAUUAUUUAUUAAUAUUUGAUGAGGCAACAAAAACCUUUACGUUAGAACUCCUGGAUUAUGAGUUUCGAGUAGGUGUUGGUAGUGAUUUUUCGGAAGUUAACAGUAUAGGUCAGAAAUUUGAAUCUCCUAAUUCAGAUAUUGAGCGACAAUUUCAAGAAGUAAUGGAAGAAGGAGAUCAAUCAUAUGUAAAUGGAGAAUAUUUCCCAGAUGAAGAAGAGGAUUAUUUAGAGAAAUUUAAAGAAUCAGAGCUGCACAAUCCAUGUUAG